GUCUCCCAAACCAUGACUAACAGCCAACCGUCCCUCGACCUUGGCAAAACAGCAGAAAAACACUCGGUCAGUCAGCUCUACGAAUAUGCGCUGGCAGCAGGGAAAUCCUGUGAAAUAGUUGUUGGAGACGAACGUGGUCCAAUGGGCUUCAAGGCUUGUGUGAUGUUGAACAACGAAUAUUUUGUUGAGGCAGUCGCACAAAACAAGAAAGAGGCGAAGCGAUUGGCUGGUGUGGCUGCCCUCGAUAAACUGAACAUAAGAUAUGCCCAGGAAGUGAUACCAGAAGGUAAAAGUUUGGGCCAACAGUUCACCGACCUCGUAUACAACCAUCUGUACAUGUAUCUCGAGCAGUUUUCAGUCUUACGUUACCGAAGGAAGUCUGUAGCAGCUGUCAUCCUUGUAUCUGACAAUAAACCAGAAGUAGUUUCCAUGGCAAUUGGUCACCAGUGCCUGACCCCCAGCCACCUGAGUACCGAUGGUCGAUGUCUAAUUGACAGCGAUGCAGCAGUGCUGGCGUGCAGAGCCUUUCGCAGGUAAAGGGUUUGUCCCUUCCUUUCUGUCUCU